AAAAAGACAAGUCAUUGGUCGAACCGCCGAAUAUUAACAGUAUUCGUUCCACCCUUAUUGGAUAACCACUUACACAAGUGCUUGCAUAAAGCAACAACAUUGAAAUUGUAUAAGGCAAUUUACACAACGCAUAUUAGAAUACAGUAACCUUUUCUCAUCCUAGCGCUUCCACAGUCGAAGGAUAGAACACCGGAGUCCUGCUGAAAACUGAUAUAAGAAUUGGGGAAUUUGGAUCAAUUCCAUUUCUAUUCAGAUUGUUGUGAUGAUGCUGCGUUGGUGGGCGGGUCUUCCCCUGCUCCUCCCCCUCCUGGUGCUGUGUGGGCGUGGUUUGGCCCAGAGUUCCGAGCCCAUGUUUCAGUCAGUGACUGAGACAGUCCUACCUCCUGACAACCAGCACAACCCCACCCAGCUGAACUAUGGGAUGGCCGUUACUGAUGUGGAUGGAGACGGAGACCUGGAGGUGGUGGUGGCGGGGUACAACGGUCCUAACCUGGUCCUGAAGUAUGACCGUGGUCAGCAGAGGCUGGUGAACAUAGCGGUGGAUGACCGCAGCUCUCCAUUCUACGCCCUGAGAGACCCCCUGGGGAACGCCAUCGGGGUGACCGCCUGCGACGUAGACGGGGACGGGCGGGAGGAGAUCUACUUCCUCAAUACAAACAACGCUUACUCUGGUCGGGCCACAUAUUCUGACAAGCUCUUUAAGUUCCGUAACGGACGCUUCGAGGACCUGCUGGGGGAUGACAUCAACGUGCGCAGAGGAGUAGCCAAUCGGAUGGCAGGACGCUCCGUGGCGUGUGUGGACAGAAAAGGUACAGGGCGUUAUGCUGUGUAUGUAGCUAACUAUGCCAGUGGAAAUGUUGGUCCCCAUGCCCUGAUAGAGAUGGACGAGGCAGCCAGUGACCUGGCCAACGGCAUCAUCGCCCUGUCUGACGUAGCAGCACAGGCCGGGGUCAACAAGUACACAGGUGGGCGUGGUGUAGUGGUUGGACCAAUCCUGAGCCAGAGCAGCUCUGACGUGUUCUGUGACAACGAGAAUGGACCUAACUUCCUGUUCCGGAACAAUGGAGACGGAACCUUCACUGACAUGGCUCAACAGGCAGGUGUGGAGGACCGCAACCAGCACGGCCGAGGUGUGGCGCUGGCAGACUUUAACGCUGACGGGAAGACUGACAUCGUCUACGGAAACUGGAACGGCCAGCACAGACUGUACCUACAGGACAACAACCAGAGAUUCAGGGACAUAGCCAGUGGGUCGUUCUCCUCUCCCUCUCCUGUGCGGACGGUCAUUGCUGCUGACUUUGACAAUGACCAGGAGCUGGACAUCUUCUUCAACAACAUCGCCUACAGAGGACACGCCCCCAACAGGCUCUUUAGGGUGGCCAGGAGGACUGGUGCUGACCCCCAGAUAGAGGAGCUAAACGUGGGGGAGGCAGCAGAGCCACAGGGCCGGGGUACAGGUGCCACGGUAACAGACUUUGACGGGGACGGUCAGUUGGACCUGCUGGUGGCUCAUGGGGAGAGUGCCUCUCAGCCCAUCUCUGUCUUCAAGGUCACUCAGGGCUCGUCCAAUCACUGGCUGCGUGAUCCCCGCACGCGGUUCGGCUCCUUCGCCCGCGGGGCCCGGGUCACGGCUUACACCAAUCGGAGUGGGGCUCUCAUGCGCAUCAUCGAUGGCGGCUCGGGGUACCUCUGUGAGAUGGAGCCUGUCGCCCACUUUGGACUGGGCAAGGACGAGGUCACCGUGGUGGAGGUCUAUUGGCCGGAUGGCCGUUCCGUGGCCCGCCCACUGCAGCCUGGUGACAUGAACUCUGUGAUGGAGAUUGGCUACCCUAAAGAGGGGGAGGAGUCUGUGCUGACCCCUGAUACCCAGUGUGGGGAAGGAUUCUUUGUCAAGAGUGGCCGCUGUGCAGACAACAACGAGUGUAAGCAACAGAGUGGGCCCCCAGUGUGCCCUAAGAGCCGUCCAGUCUGCAUCAACACCUACGGCCACUAUAACUGUGGCCCCAGGAAGACAUGUUCCAGGGGCCACAAGCCCACCAAGGACGGGAGGGCAUGUGUGGCUGUAGCUCCGUUCUUCCAGGGGGUCCGCUCUUCCUCACCCCGGCCGGGGCCCCUCCUCUCUGGGCUCUCCCUCCUAUUUCUACUGGCCCUCUCCAUGGUCUGAAUGGAGAUAUGAGGCUAAGGGCCCCUCAGUCACAUGCCUCCAUGGGGAUUGCUUUACUGAGUUCCAAAUGGUAGCCUGGUCAAUCCCUAUAUCGUGCACUACUUUUGACAACAGCCCUGGUCUAAUCCCUAUAUAGUGCACUACUUUUGACAACAGCCCUCCCAUGGACUCCAAUGAUGCUCCAGGAGUGUCAAGGUCCUACCGGAUGAACUUUGACAUGUAUGAUGCUAGAAGGAGUGACCCUUGAUCCCUCAACUCUGGACAACUAUACACUUCUUUUUUUGGCAAAAAUAAUGACAUGUUAAAAUGGAGUGAUGGAAGAGCAGUAGUUA